UCUGCCCAGUGGGAUGGGACAGACCCAGCUCACCUCUGCUCAGCGGCUCAGCCCAGGGUCUGCGCUGGGGGUCUGGUGCUGGAGCACUACAAGCAGACCCCUUUGUCAUCCAGGCCUCCAUCGGCUGCGAGCUCCACCCCAACGGCACCUCACAGCAGUUCUGUGACGCCGCGGUGAACGGGGAGGAUUUCAUCAGCUUCAAUGUGGACGUUGGCACCUGGGUCGCUCAGCACUGGCGUAAGCUGGCCCUCAACUCACGGGAUUUUCUUAACCAGGAUAAGAGCACGAUUGCCAUGGCUCAGUUUCUCCUGAGAACAACGUGUGUCAAUGAGCUCAAGAGCUUUGCCCAGUACGGGAGAGAGUCUCUGGCGAGACAAGAGCGGCCGGUCGCCGUGGUGUUUGCCCGAGCGCCUCCCCCAGCCGGGGCCCCCGCGCCGGUACUGCUGGUUUGCCGGGUCACCGGUUUCUACCCCCGGCCCAUCUGCGUGGCCUGGCUGCAGGACGGGGAGGAGGUGGGGCCGGGCGAGCGGCUGAACUCCAGCGAGAUCCUGCCCAACGCAGACCUGACCUACCAGCUGCGCAGCUCCCUGGCCGUGGGGCCGGGCGCCGGGCACAGCUACGCCUGCCGGGUGCAGCACAGCAGCCUCGGGGGCCGGAGCCUGCUGAUCCCCUGGGGGCACAGCAGGCCCUGGGGCCCCGGCCUGGCUGUGGGCAUCACCCUGGGGGCUCUGGCUGUAACCGCCGUGGCCGUGGUGCUGUGGUGGAGAAUGCGCAGGGGCUACCAGGACGUCCGACCAGAGGAGCCCAGAGCCUGAGGAUGCAGCACCGGCUUAGACAUGGUGAUCGGCCCCUUUCCUGGGGACAUGGACCUGGGGGCUGAAUCCGCACCUGGCUCCAGAGCUGAGGGCCCUGAGGCCCCGUCUGGAUUGGGGCACUGGGUGGGAUUCUCACCCCGCACCCCCAGUGGUGUUCGUGCCAAGGACGCUAACACAGAAGGGCAGCAACGACCAAGGAUAGUAUAGACCCGUCCUUUGAUUUUGGCAAUAAGCUUGUCCGAAUUAAGAUCAUCACUGAAAUGUGUCAUAAAAAAUGUGUAGCCUAAAUAAAAAGCUAUGAAAUUACAAUAUAAAA